CUGCCAACAAACAUAGUAGAAGAAAACCCUCGCUCUUAAUAACAUUACACAUGUGGAAGUUAUUCUCGUCAUAUUUCCAUACAAAUAACUCUUGUAGAUUUAAACUUUGAUUUAAUUUCACUGAUUAUUCCGAAGAUCUCUCAUUAAUUCAUGCAAGGUGCAAAUACAGCCCAUAAGAAGUCAAUAAUAGUACUGAACUAUCCACCUCCUUGAUAAUAAUGGACGAUCUAGACAAUGAGUUUCGGCCAACAACACAUUUAGAAGAUUACAGUGAUUUCUCUGACAAUUUACCAACAAAAGUAAGGAAACAGUCAAGGCUUCCACUGCCGCAGUCAUUUUUUGUGGAGCCAAAAAGAGAAACGGGCUUUCACCGAUCCACAAGGCUUUGUCUGGAGAGAAUCAGAGAGUCAUUGCUGCAUCACAGAUGGCAAGAGGCAGCACAAUAUAUGGCAUGUUACCCCCAAAUGCUAGAAGACACAACAGCGGGCUCAGCACACCACUAUAAAGAGUUAAUCUGGAGAAUAAGCACAGAAAUCCUUCAUCAUCACCCCAGCUCAAAGAUGGAGGACUACAACAUCAUCUACGAGCAAAUGAAACAUUCCGGCGUGAAACAUUACCUGCUGAUCUGUCUGGAACAUUCCUUCCACCUCAUGCUCCACGGCCAGGUCGAGAACGCAAAGCGCCACAUCUCUAUCGCCGAAAGUUGGCGGCACGGGAAAGAGUCGGCAUGUCAGAUUCAGACGACAAAACUGAUCCAAGCCUACAGGAGUCUGCUGGAUUAUGUUAUCUGGUGCGAGAAGAAAAACAACGCCAGCGGCAUCAAUUUAAUUAACCCCGGGAGCAACCAAGACCUGCACAACUGUUUUAGACAAGCUUCGGUCAAUCUAAAGGAGAUUCUGAAAUGUCCCGGGGUCUGGGAUUCCUUCAUACUGAGCUACGUUGAGAUGCUGGAAUUCUACGGGGAUCACGAAGAGGCGGAGAAAGUUCUGCAAGACUACGCUUAUGACAACACUUUCCCCAGCAACCCAAAUGCGCAUGCAUAUCUGUAUCAAUACCUGCAAAGACACAAUGCCUCGAAGAGAAGGCUGAUGAAUGUUUUAAAGAUCCUUCACAUGUUAGUUCCAAGCCAUCAGCUGAUGUUGGACUACACUUUCCUUCUGCUGGACACAGAGAAACACAUGAAGAAGGCUUUGGGGAUCCUCCUUGACAUGCUGGACUACGCCUGUUGGAGGACAAACAUGGUCGUGUGGGAUCGAUUAAGCUACGUUAUUGAUCAAUUGCAAACAGGUGAGGACUGGAAGGAGGUCGUUGCGGCGAAGAUGGCCGCCAGAAAAGGAUGGUGGCCUGCGCUCCACUUUACAAGGUUCCAUGCCACUGAAGACGCUGAGCAAAGACCUGAGCUGAUGCAAGUGAAAGCGUUGUUGACCAAAAUCCUCUGUCCAGAUAUUCAGCUCACAUAUUCUGCUGGCCAAACAUUUAAUGGCGACUGCUGAGAGAUGUUGAAGAUCACAGAGAAUAUAUUGAACUUGACUUAAAAUGAACACACAGUCAUGUGGGAACAAGGUAAGGCAGUCCCCUCUCUGUCCACCACGUGGCGCCCUUGUUCUGAGUUUUACGUGAAUCGGGGCUUAGAUGACAGCCUUUUCUGGACAGAGAGCAAAUUUCGCUCAGAGCCAGCAUUCAUGUGCUAGUUUAUGGAUUUUGUAGCAUUUUAUUGGAAGUCUUCCUCUGUCCUCGGUUGACUUUGGCCGCACUAUUGGUGUUUCAACACAAACAAACACACACGCAGCCUCUCUGUCAGCUCUGUUGUCAUGACCGAUUACUCAACCAACGUGGACCUCUCUCCAGUGUGCUUUAAUUUGGAUAAGCGUGGCAGAUUGUUCUAUUGUGCGGUAAUGAAAGCAGUUAGGAAUUAAAAUGAAAGCUUUUGUAGAUGAUGCUGAUGAAAUUGUGGCCAGGCCGCAGAGUAAAUGUGCUAAUAUUUAGCGCACACAGUGACUAUCUCCCAGUGUAACGUCGUCAUGUGGAUGACUGCAUUCACUCCUCCAGGUCUUUUGCACUAUUCUGUGAAAUGAAGUCUGCAUGGAGCAGCAUGCCAAUUUAAUAAAUGAAAGUGUUUUGUAAUGA